GAUCACUGUCCUGAGGACGGUCCCCAGGCUGAAGACUCCCCCUCCAGUGCCGAGUCUCAACCGUCCUUGCUCAGCCAGCUAAGAGCCUCGCAGCCGAAUGUCAAGCACGUUAUCCAAGAUGAUGUCAACGAACAAUACCAUGUAUCUCAGACACGCGGCCACGGAAGCCAUCCUUCAUACCAUCCCGAGGAUGACCCAGAACUUGUUGGGGAGAUUGAUAUGUUUGUCUUCGCACCACAGCCCAAGUACAAGCCAAACCAGUUCUCUGGCCACCAGCAGCGUCGAUCUAUCAACUUCAGUGCCCUCAGUGGACGGCAAGACGCAGUGCCUCAAGAGGACUGGGCAGAUGCCGGCAACGUACGACCGGCCCAGCCCCAGGAUCAACCAGCUUUGAUAGACGAUAAUAGUCACCACUACAGCGACGUCGACACCCAUGCGAACAAUGUGUCAGCUAUUAUCCCUCGAGGUGAUCAAGAACGAAGAGGAACUCCUUUUCAACGCUUGAGGGCUGCAGAAGUCAACCCGGAGCAAUCGAGUAGCCACGGUCAGCUACCGGGCCGAGGUCUCUCAGAUCAGAUUACUACCAGCUCUGGAAGAGAUCCAACUGGAGAUUCGGUCUCGCAACGUCCAUCUGUCAGAGCCGAACAGAAGAUCAAUGGUUUUGCUACCAAGGACCACAGAAUUCGACCCUUUGCUGAUGCCGAUGUCAUUCUUCCCUGCGAUCAACGGGAGACUCUACAGCCUACACUUGAACAAACGGCUACUGACAGGGUCAUUCAUUCACAGCGGCACAGUUCUCGGGGAGAAAGUGAAGGCGAACAACAGCAACGUGUGGUUUCAGAUCGAGACUUGGAAGCACGCCUCUCCGAAACUAGCAAAUACGUCGAUGAUAAUCGUAUGAUACCUCGUCAGAUAUCCCAAAUUCAAAGACAGCAUCUCGAGGCAUUGGCGACUUGGAAAUGCCACAGAAACAAAUUCCCGGUUCUGCUCGCAAGUCGAAUCAACAGCACUCUUCGCCUCGAGAGCAGUCAAGCCGACGUAUCAGACGCGAUCAAGAUGCAAGAGAUGUUCCGCAACGGACGAAAUCGCGACUUUCAAAUACUUCCCGGCGUCGAAAACACUCUCAUCGCCAAUCACAACACGGCAAACCGAGUCAGGAAAAGCCACUACGAAGCACUCGAAAGUAUGUCGGCUCACUACAAUAAAGUUCUCAGUUACUCAAAAGAAGUUGAGCACAAGAUGAAUAGUCGUCUCAUGGGCCAGAAGCAGCAGAUCGAAGAACUGGUGACUCGGUUACAGCAGUAUCAAGCACGUUAUCAGAAAGACUGCGACCGCCGGGUGCAGUCUAACUCGGAGCUGUCUCUUUUACAAAUGCAGAAGGACGAGCUCUCCCAGAAUCUAGCCCACCAAGGGGGACGAUUGCAUGAACUAGAACAGGAAGUCGCUGAUCUGCAAGCCGAGAGAGGAACGCAAGACGAAGAGGCAGCUAGAUUGCACCAAGAGCUGGAGGUCACGCACUCCAAGCUCGACAAGUUUCAAGAGAAAAGCCGCUCGUACAAGGACCACCUCAACAAGGCUGUUGCAGAACAACAACUGCUCUGGCAACAAUCCAAAGAUAUCGCUCAGAAAACCGUCAACAGCAUGAGAGAGGAGCAUCAAGCGGCUGGAGAGAAGUUCAAGUUGGCCAUGGCAGAGAAACAGGCUGCCCAGGACAAGUUGAAUCUCAUUUCCAAAGACAAACAGGUACUUCUCCAGCAGGAAGUAACAGCGGCGGCAUCAAAAAUCAGAGACUUGACGUCGGCCCUAGACAGCCUUGAAAAAGAUUUCGAUUUUGAGGCACAGAGAGCCAAGAAGUUGGAGGGCAAGCUCCUUGAUGCAGAUGCCUUGAAAGGCCUGCUGCGCCAGAUCGAUGAAAAUGUCGCUGGAGUCUGCUUGCAGGUGGACAAUAUGCAAGCGCGCUCUCUCGAAGCGCCCGCUGUGCCAACCGAGGUCAUGAGAAGGUUGGACGAGAUUGCGGGCCAUGUGCAAUUUUCCUCUCAAGUCAACGUUGAAGAUGAGGUUCAGCGAGCUCUAAAGACCUUUCAAAAGGAAAUGAUGCCACAACUUUUGGACAAGUUGAAACCCACUAUGACUGGUCAGUCCAUCGAAGAAAGACUGCAAAGUCUACAGAAGACGCUCCAGAAACAGUCGUCAUCGAUGGAGACGGAGCGCAAACAUUGUCAGGAACAGUUGAUGCUACAACUUACGGAGAGAAAGGAUGAGAACAGCAAACUCGCACAAAGUCUUCUAGCCAAGGAUGCUGAAAUCGCAAAUUUGACCAACUGUGUCUCCGAACUUGAUCAAAAACUGCGAGAGGCGAGAGAAUCUGCAGAGUUGGCAUCAAAGAGGGCAGCAAUCAUGGAAGAAAGGCUCCGAGAGUUACAGCAGAGCCUCUCAAGCAAGAAUUGUCAGGUCGCAGAGACGCAAACUGAGCUCCAGCUCCAGCAACAAGGGCACGAGAUCAAGAUCCGAGAGCUUCAGGAGAAGUUACGAAUUGCCGAGGAAAAUGGCCAUCUACAACGACAGCUAGUCGAAGAGACGGAAAAGAACCUCGCAAAAAGGUCCGAAGAAGAUAACGAAACCGCAACGCGGCUAAAGAGCUCGGAAGAAUCUCUGCACCAGGCUCAGCAACAGUUGACAAUGGCCGGGACGGAGGUUGAACGUCUCAAGGCUUUGGACAAUGUUAUCAGAGCAUCGAAACUCGAAAAGGAGUUGGAGAAUACUCAUCAAAGAGUCACCAAUCUCACACUCAAGCUUCGCGACGCGCAGGUCCCGGCUGCUGGCAACGGCCAGCUUGAUCAGGUAGCCGAACAGCUUGCCCAGCUCCAAACACUGAAGGAAGAAGUCAAGCAGCUCAUGUCAAAUGGCAAGGCAUACGCGGCGGUCAGCAAGGACUUUGCAAACACGCUCGACAGACAAGAUGCCACGGGAAACGGCGAUAUCCUGAUCCCUGACAGUCUUGUGCUGCCGGAACCCAUGCUUCCCGUGUUGCUGCAGCAAGAUGUUUACGAUCCUCUGAAUAACUUUCAGCCGAGCUCCUCUGACAUCCCGCUGAUUCGAGCCAGCAAGCGAACGGUUUUUCGCAGUCCUGUUGAAGAGUCGGAAGAUGAGAUGCCUGCGCCAUCAGUUGAGCAGGAGAAGUCGCAACGAAUGGAUGUGGCCGCUCAGGGAUCCAAAAUAAGAUCGAUCCUCCGCCCCCAGAGAACUCCGGCUGCGAAAGCAUCGAAAGGAACUAACGAUAGCAUGGUCGCGCGCCAUGCAGGACACUCUUCGUACAAUCGACCUGUGCAAAGUGCUCCUAAGUCCAGUCAGGAGGCCAUCUUGGAUGUCAAGAACAGCCUUGUGGGCAACCGCAAGGCGAACCUCGGAGAUUUGACCAACCCUGACGAAUGGAAGAGACCUGAAGGACUAGCGAGCUAUUCGGAUCAGAGAGGAACCAAAAGAUCUAACAACGCCCAGCAAUGGUCUCGAGGCCCAAAACGGUCAAAACCGUGCUUCGUUGAGAAUGAGGACAAUAUGGAGACUUCACAGGCCGUGAGAAGCAAUAAGGAGGACCGUGUCCAGGCUGAACCGCCAGAACGCAACACAAAAGACGGCAAUGGGGUGCCUCCAGUAACCGUGGAUGAUGAUGAUCAAGUUUCCCACCAUUUCUUCCCAAGCGCUUCCAAGCCGAACGAGGGCACCCGUUAAGCAAGAGUCUGCAGCUUUAGUAUCAUCCAUCGAGGUUGGGUUUCUUGGACGUGGACUAAAGAUUUAUGUGUGGUGGAAUCAUGC